GGCUUGCUCCAGAAGUCGGAGAUAGGAAUCUUCUGACGUUGUCCUGUUCUCCUGGAAUUUCAGCUCCUCAUGUUUCGAUGUCCUGAUCGAAUCUUAGUUUUGUCUGACUCGUUCUGAUGCUACAAUUAAAUAUACAUUUCAACCUUAAAUAUGCUCCUUUGUCAUUCAUUUAGUGUUGUUUUAUUCUUUUGCAAAAUGUUAUUUACAGUACCGCACAUAAUAAGCUCUCCUGGAUACUUGGGCAGAUGUUACACAAGCACAUCAACGCUCUCUAGUGUCCAAAGCAGAAAAUCACAUUUUAAUAAUUGCACCCAACUUAGAAAGGCUGUGCUGGUCUCAAAGCCAGUUUUGGCAAAGACAGCAUUGAUCUGGAUUGAAAUUGUAUUUUACAGUAACAUUUCUAAAAGGAAAAUGCAGUGGAUGACUAUUUUAUACUUCAUAACGCUCUUUAUGAUUCUCUAGUUGAUAAAGUCUGUUUGUGAUGGUCAGAGAUUCAGUCUGAUUGUCCAGUUCUAAAAAAAAAAAAAAACUUGUAAAAAGAAGUGUUAAAUAUGAUCAUUGUGUUUCUAUUGUUUUUCUGUCUCUGUGUCAAAUACAGUUUCUCCUCAAGUGUCUGUAUUAAGCUGUUCAUGGUAGCAGAACAGGAGGAAACUCUUCACGUACAAACUAUGAAUGCCCAUUUGCAUGUACAAGCUGCUUGUCCACCCAACAGAUCAAACCACAUUUCUCAAGAAAUCAAACCACAGCAGGUUUCAGUUUGACUCAGACGAUGAACGUCAGUAAACUGGUACUGUGAGAUCAUACACUAUUUUAACUCUGUACUUUUCCCCAUCAGCUAUAACUGAGUCCUGAAUGAAUGCAUACGACCUUUUUAAAUCACAAGGCUCUGUUUUACCAUGACAUGUAGUUUUGAUAUUACAUAUAUAUAUAACAUUCAUAUGCGCAUGUGAGUUUGCAUUAGGGAGGGUCAAACUCUGUCGGGGGAGGAUUCACAUUAGUUCUGUUGUGCUUGUUAAGAUCAGUUGUGCUUUCAUUGAUAGUCUUAUUAGAUCAGACUUUUCACUGAACAGCUGAAAAUGUUUCACAUUUUGUUCUGUUUGUGCUGUUGGCAUCUGAUCAGUGUGUUUGGUGAGACAGUGCCAGUGAUGGAGGGAGAAUCAGUCACUCUAAACACUGAUCUUAUUGAAAUACGUGAAGGUGAUGACAUAUUGUGGAAAUAUGGAGCUGGAAAGUCUCUGAUAGCUAAAAUCAACAGAGCUUAUGGAAUCUUCUCCACAUCUGAUAGUCCUGAUGGGAGAUUCAGAGACAGACUGAAGCUGGACAAUCAAACUGGAUCUCUGACCAUCACAAACAUCACAACUCAACAUGCUGGACACUAUAAAGUAAAGAUAAGGAGAGCUAUAACAUCAUCAAAAAAAUUCAGUGCUUCUGUCUAUGCCGUUACGGUGCUGCUACCACAGACUGUUUCACAUUAUUCUCCACAUCCUCCAGUCUCACUCUGUCGGAUAGUGUUGAUCUGUGCUGUUGCUACUGCUGCUGGAUCUCUGUUGUUGUUUGUUGCUGCAGUCGGGAUGUACUGCCUCUGCAAGAAUUGUAGAAAAAGAGUCACGACACAGGAGGAAGACAAAACGGAUUCAGAAUUGUGUAAACCAACAAUACAAAACAUGGUAAGAUCAUUCAUGAUUGAGUUGCAGUCAGUUAGUCUGACUAAAGCUGAUUUGCAACAAUGGCUAUGUAGACACGUUGCUCCUCCUUCUCUAAUUGCGCUAUUUUAUUUACCACACACACAGAAAAAAAUAGUUUAA